AUGCCGCCGAAGCACCACGACGAGGACAGCGACGCUGUUUCUCCGCUCGACAAGGCAGAGCAACUCGCAAUGGAGUACGAGGAUGCGCACCACGAACGUCCUGGCACAAAGAAGCAGAACGAGACCCCCAGCCACCAGUCGAAACCCAAGUCUGUGCGGUAA